AACUCUGAUCAUCAAUGCAUUACAGUAUACAGUUAAUGGACACAACGCCAUGAAGGGACCGCUGGCACACAGUACUUUUUGGCUUAUCUGCCUACUAUUCCAGGCUUCAGGAAAUGAGAAAGAGGCGGAAGAGAGGCCCGGAGUGCCCACGCGGCCACCACUCUGGGGUCAUACGUCUAGAACUGAAUAUGGCUAUCAGAGACACAGCAAGCAGCCAGGAAGGUCGGAGUGUGUUCGCUGCUGUGAUCCUCCUGCAGCACAUCCCAUGUAUUACCCCGUGCCUCAGAUCAACAUGACCAUCCUGAAAGGUGAGAAAGGGGACCGUGGUGAUCGUGGCUUCCAAGGAAAGGUGGGAAAAGCCGGUGCAGCAGGCAAGAAGGGUGAGACGGGCUUCAAGGGUCAAAAGGGCAACAUGGGAUCACCAGGAGAGAGCUGCAAGACCAACUAUGCUGCCUUUUCGGUGGGUCGGCGGAAACCCUUGCAUAGCAACGACUAUUACCAGAUACUCGUCUUUGACACUGAAUUUGUGAACCUCUAUGGCCAUUUCAAUAUGUUUAUGGGCAAGUUCUACUGCUACGUCCCAGGCGUAUAUUUCUUCAAUCUCAACGUGCAUACUUGGAACCAGAAGGAGACUUACCUUCACAUCAUGCACAACACAAAGGAAGCAGCCAUCUUAUAUGCACAGGCUAGUGACCGAAGCAUCAUGCAGAGCCAGAGCCUCAUGAUAGAGCUGCAGGACCAGGAUGAAAUCUGGAUACGGCUCUUCAAGGGUGAACGUGACAAUGCUGUGUUCAGUGAUGAAUAUGACACCUACGUCACCUUCAGUGGGUAUCUAGUUAAGCCCAGCUCAGAGCCUUGA